GGGGGCCGGAUGGGCAGCCAGCAAGGGAGGCCGGAGGGGCAGAGCCGGGCUGGGCAUCUUCGUCCUGUUCUGCUUCCUGCUGAUGUUGAAGGUGUCUGGCCGACAGCUGCAACAGCAGGAGCCGGAGGCUGAGCCGGAAGAUGACUACUCUGUGACCCAAAGGCCUGCGGGUGAGAUCAUUCGGCCAAGGCCACAGGGGUCCUCACCUGUUUAUGAAUACACAGCUGAAGGUGCUGGCUUUGGAGGCCAGGAAAACAGCCAAGGCAGGCACAGCUCCUCUGGCAGACGGAGAUCCUGGUGGAAACGGGAUUCAGGGGAAUCCACAGCCUUCACCAGCAUGAGUCAUCCAGAGUCUGUGCAGGAGUCGACAGAAGUGACACUGAAGACUGACGUGGAGUCAGGAGCCAGUGGCUACAGUGUCACAGGUGGAGGGGAUCAGGGGAUCUUUGUCAAGCAAGUACUGAAGGACUCCUCGGCUGCAAAGCUGUUCAACCUGAGAGAAGGAGACCAACUGCUUAGUGCGACCAUAUUCUUUGACCAUAUGAAAUAUGAAGAUGCUCUUAAAAUCCUUCAGUACUCAGAACCAUACAAAGUUCAGUUCAGAAUCAAACGGAAACUCUCAACCAGCAAGGGAGAGGAAGGAGCUGUUCAGCAUUCCCAGCAAGACCUGAGAGGCCAGGAAGAGCAGGACAAGGACAUUGCUGACGGAUGCAUGGAGACCCCUACAAAAACUCUAGAAGAAGCUGGAGACCGAGAAAGACUUAUUUCUAAGUCCAGGGAUGGAGGCCAUAGGCGAACCCAGGACAGAUUCUCCUGGCCAAAAUUUCAAGCCUUAAGGAGCAAGCAGAGGGCAGGACCCAGACGCUCGCAUAGUUCCUCAGAGGCCUCAGAGAACAGAGACACACGGGAUAUGUCCCCCACAAGUACAGACACAGAGGCCGGGAGGACGGCUGACAGAGAUGAGCAGAACAGAGGAUCAGGUAGACGAAGAGGGAGAUUCCUGAACUUGAGGUUUGGAAUGACCUCAGGUCAGAGCCUGGCUAUAACUGAGCAAAAAGGCAGAGAGCUCCAGGAGAAAAAGGAUGAAGCUGGAGUGCUGGGAGAGUGCUCACCAGAGAAGGAGGACGCGAAGGGCACAGAUGUGGAUGCUAAGAGCCAAAAGAAGAAAAUGACACAACCAACUGAGUUCAUGUCACGACAAACUAGACAAAUGACAAUGAGGGCUAAUUAUUCCAACUUGGAAAAAGAAAUACCUAGAAAAAUGGAAUUAAAGACAGACAGACAUGAAAGGAAGAAAAAGCAGGCAAAAAAACUAGAAAAACACACAAAACUUGUGCAACAUGGAGCUGAGCAAACACCAGAACUGGGGUGGAAAGACAGUUGGGAAGAAGUAGAGAGACUAGAAAUUGGUAUUGCAAGAUUGUCUCUGAAAGACACAUCUGACCAAAAUGUGGAGGUGGACAUCCAGGCGCCUGGCGCCAAGCUGGAGGGGAACCUGGCCCUGGCAGACAAGGACAUGGCCGACAAAGACAGCAAGUUCAAGAUGCCCAAGUUCAAGAUGCCCUCCUUCAGCGUGUCUGCGCCUGGCAAGCCCAGCGUGGAGGCCUCUCUGGUGGUGGGUGUGCCCAAGGUGGAGGCGGAGGUGGCCUUGCCCUCCGUGCAGGGCGACCAGAAGACACCUGACCUAAGCAUUCAGCUGCCGUCCGCCGACCAGGAGCUCAAGGCUGGCCAGGUGGGCAUGAAGGUGCCGGAGGGACAGCUGCCCGAGGUUGAGCUGCAAGCACAGGCUGCUGCUGGAGCUGGGCUGAAGGGCCACGUGCCCAAGGUGCAUAUGCCCAGCCUAACGAUGCCCAAGGUGGACCUGAAGGGGCCCCACGUAGACAUGAAGGAACCCAACGUGGACGUGAAGGGCCCCAAGGGCAAGGUGAGCGCCCCGGACGUGGACGUGUCCCUGCCCGGCGUGGAAGUGGACGUCCAGGCGCCUGGCGCCAAGCUGGAGGGGGACCUUGCCCUGGCCGACAAGGAUGUGUCUGCCAAAGACAGCAAGUUCAAGAUGCCCAAGUUCAAGAUGCCCUCCUUCAGCGUGUCCGUGCCUGGCAAGUCCAGUGUGGAGGCCUCUCUGGAGGUGGGUGCACCCAAUGUGGAGGCAGAGGUCGCCGUGCCUUCCGUGCAGGGCGACCUGAAGACCCCUGACCUGAGCAUUCAGCUGCCUUCCCAGGACCUUGAGCUCAAAGCCAGCCAGGUGGGCGUGAAGAUGCCAGAGGGACAGCUUCCUGAGGUUGAGCUGCCCGAACAGGCUGCUGCUGGAGCCGGCCUGAAGGGCCACCUGCCCAAGGUGCAGAUGCCCAGCCUCAAGAUGCCCAAGGUUGACCUGAAGGGGCCCCAAGUGGACCUGAAGGUCCCCAAACUAGACUUGAAGGGCCCCAAGGGCGAGGUGAGGGCCCCGGACAUGGAUGUGUCCCUGCCCGGUGUGGAGGUGGACAUCCAGGCGCCCGACGCCAAGCUGGAGGGGGACCUGGCCCUGGCCGACAAGGAUGUGUCCAGCAAAGACAGCAAGUUCAAGAUGCCCAAGUUCAAGAUGCCCUCCUUCGGCGUGUCCGUACCUGACAAGCCCAGUGUGGAGGCUUCUGUGGAGGUGGCUGCGCCGAAGGUGGAGGCGGAAGUGGCCCUACCCUCCGUGCAGUGCGACCUGAAGAUCCCUGACCUGAGCAUUCAGCUGCCUUCUGCCGACCUGGAGCACAAGGCUGGCCAGGUGGGCAUGAAGCUCCCGGAGGGACAGCUGCCUGAGGUAGAGCUGCCCGCACAUGCGGCUGCUGGAGGUAGCCUGAAGGGCCACCUGCCCAAGGUGCAGAUGCCCAGUCUCAAGAUGCCCAAGGUGGACCUGAAGGGCCCCAAACUGGACGUGAAGGGCCCCAAGGGCGAGGUGAGCGCCCUGGACGUGGACGUGUCCCUCCCCGGCGUGGAGGUGGACAUCCAGGUGUCUGGCGCCAAGCUGGAGGGGGACCUGGCCCUGGCCAACAAGGACGUGGCCACCAAAGACAGCAAGUUCAAGAUGCCCAAGUUCAAGAUGCCCUCCUUCAGCGUGUCCAAACCUAGCAAGCCCAGAGUGGAGGCCUCUCUGGAGGUGGCUGUGCCCAAGGUGGAGGCGGAGGUGGCCUUGCCCUCCGUGCAGGGCGACCUGAAGACCCCUGACCUGAGCAUUCAGCUGCCUUCUGCCGACCUGGAGCUCAAGGCCGGCCAGGUGGGCGGGAAACUGCCGGAGGGAAAUAUGCCCGAGGUUGAGCUGCGCGCACAGGCGGCUGCUGGAGCCGGCCUGAAGGGCCACCUGCCCAAGGUGCAGAUGCCCAGCCUCAAGAUGCCCAAGGUGGACCUGAAGGGCCCCAAACUGGACGUGAAGGGCCCCAAGGGCGAGGUGAGCGCCCUGGACGUGGACGUGUCCCUGCCCGGUGUGGAGGUGGACAUCCAGGUGUCUAGCGCCAAGCUGGAUGGGGACCUGGCCUUGGCCGACAAGGACGUGGCCGCCAAAGACAGCACAUUCAAGAUGCCCAAGUUCAAGAUGCCCUCCUUUGGCGUGUCCACACCUGGCAAGCCCAGCGUGGAGGCCUCUCUGGAGGUGGAUGUGCCCAAGGUGGAGGCGGAGGUGGCCCUGCCAUCCGUGCAGGGCGACCUGAAGACCCCAGACCUUAGCAUUCAGCUGCCUUCUAGCGACAUGGAACUCAAGGCUGGCCAGGAGGGCAUGAAGCUCCCGGAGGGACAGCUGCCGGAGGUAGAGCUGCCCGCACAGGCGGCUGCUGGAGGCAGCCUGAAGGGCCACCUGCCCAAGGUGCAGAUGCCCAGCCUCAAGAUGCCCAAGGUGGACCUGAAGGUCCCCAAAGUGGACGUGAAGGGCCCCAAGGGCGAGGUGAGCGCCCUGGACGUGGACGUGUCCCUCCCCGGCGUGGAGGUGGACAUCCAGGUGUCUGGCGACAAGCUUGAGGGGGACUUGGCCCUGGCCAACAAGGACAUGGCCAGCAAAGACAGCAAGUUCAAGAUGCCCAAGUUCAAGAUGCCCUCCUUCGGCGUGUCCAAACCUAGCAAGCCCAGCAUGGAGGCCUCUCUGGAGGUGGGUGCACCAAUGGUGGAGGCAGAGGUGGCCCUGCCCUCCAUUCAGGGCGACCUGAAGACCCCUGACCUGAGCAUUCAGCUGCCUUCUGCCGACCUGGAGCUCAAGGCUGGCCAGGUGGGCAUCAAACUGCCUGAGGGAAAUAUGCCCGAGGUUGAGUUGCCCUCACAGGCUGCUGCUGGAACCGGCCUGAAGGGCCACGUGCCCAAGGUGCCGUUGCCCAGCCUCAAGAUGCCCAAGGUGGACCUGAAAUGCCCCAAACUGGACGUGAAGGGCCCCAAGGGCGAGGUGAGUGCCCCGGAUGUGGACGUGUCCCUGCCCGGCGUGGAGGUGGAUAUCCAGUCGCCCGGCGCCAAGCUCGAUGGGGACCUGGCCCUGGCAGACAAGGACAUGGCUGCCAAAGACAGCACAUUCAAGAUGCCCAAGUUCAAGGUGCCCUCCUUCGGCGUGUCCGUGCCUGAGAAGCCCAGUGUGGAGGCUUCUGUGGAGGUGGCUGCGCCCAAGGUGGAGGCGGAGGUGGCCUUGCCCUCCUUGCAGGGAGACCUGAAGACCCCAGACCUGAGCAUUCAGCUGCCUUCCCGGGACCUGGAGCUCAAAGCCAGCCAGGUGGGCGGGAAACUGCCGGAGGGAAAUAUGCCUGAGGUUGAGCUGCCCGCACAGGCUGCUGCUGGAGCCGGCCUGAAGGGCCACCUGCCCAAGGUGCAGAUGCCCAGCCUCAAGAUGCCAAAGGUUGACCUGAAAGGGCCACAAGUGGACCUGAAGGGCCCCAAACUGGACUUGAAGGGCCCCAAGGGCAAGGUGAGGGCCCCGGACGUGGAUGUCUCCCUGCCCGGUAUGGAGGUGGACAUCCAGGCAUCUGACGCCAAGCUUGAGGGGGACUUGGCCCUGACCGACAAGGACAUGGCCGCCAAAGAGAGCAAGUUCAAGAUGCCCAAGUUCAAGAUGCCCUCCUUCGGCGUGUCUGCGCCUGGCAAGCCCAGCAUGGAGGACUCUAUUGAAGCAGGUGCGCCCAAGGUGGAGGCAGAGGAGUCUCUGCCCUCCGUGCAGGGCGACGUGAAGAUCCCUGACCUGAGUAUUCAGCUGCCGUCUGCUGACCUGGAGCUCAGGGCCGGCCAGGUGGGCGUGAAGGUGCCUGAGGGACAGCUGCCCCAGGUUGAGCUGCCCGCACAGGCUGCUGCUGGAGCCGGCCUGAAGGGCCACCUGGCCAAGGCGCCGACGCCCAGCCUCACGAUGCCCAAGGUGGACCUGAAGGGGCCCCAAGUGGACCUGAAGGUCCCCAAAGUGGACGUGAAGGGCCCCAAGGGCGAGAUGAGCUCCCUGGACGUGGACGUGUCCCUGCCCGGUGUGGAGGUGGACAUCCAGGUGUCUGGCGUCAAGCUUGAGGGGGACUUGGCCCUGGCCAACAAGGACGUGGCCAGCAAAGACAGCAAGUUCAAGAUGCCCAAGUUCAAGAUGCCCUCCUUCGGCGUGUCCAAACCUAGCAAGCCCAGCAUGGAGGCCUCUCUGGAGGUGGGUGCACCAAUGGUGGAGGCAGAGGUGGCCCUGCCCUCCAUGCAGGGCGACCUGAAGACCCCUGACCUGAGCAUUCAGCUGCCGUCUGCCGACCUGGAGCUCAAGGCCGGCCAGGUGGGUGGGAAACUGCCGGAGGGAAAUAUGCCUGAGGGCGAGAUGAGCUCCCUGGACGUGGACGUGUCCCUGCCCGGUGUGGAGGUGGACAUCCAGGCGUCCGGCGCCAAGCUGGAUGGGAACCUGGCCUUGGCCGACAAGGACGUGGCCGCCAAAGACAGCACAUUCAAGAUGCCCAAGUUCAAGAUGCCCUCCUUCGGCAUGUCCACACAUGGCAAGCCCAGCGUGGAGGCCUCUCUGGAGGUGGAUGUGCCCAAGGUGGAGGCGGAGGUAGCCCUGACCUCCGUACAGGGCGACCUGAAGACCCCUGAACUGAGCAUUCAGCUGCCUUCUGGCGACAUGGAACUCAAGGCUGGCCAGGUGGGCAUGAAGCUCCCGGAGGGACAGCUGCCGGAGGUAGAGCUGCCUGCACAGGCAGCUGCUGGAGGCAGCCUGAAGGGCCACCUGCCCAAGGUGCAGAUGCCCAGCCUCAAGAUGCCCAAGGUUGACCUGAAAGGCCCCAAAGUGGACGUGAAGGGCCCCAAGGGCGAGGUGAGCGCCCCGGACGUGGACGUGUCCCUCCCCGGCGUGGAGGUGGACAUCCAGGUGUCUGGCGCCAAGCUUGAGGGGGACUUGGCCCUGGCCAACAAGGACGUGACCACCAAAGACAGCAAGUUCAAGAUGCCCAAGUUCAAGAUGCCCUCCUUUGGCGUGUCCAAAUCUAGCAAGCCCAGCGAGGAGGCCUCUCUGGAGGUGGGUGCACCAAUGGUGGAGGCGGAGGUGGCCUUGCCCUCCGUGCAGGGCGACCUGAAGACCCCUGACCUGAGCAUUGUGGGCAUCAAACUGCCUGAGGGAAAUAUGCCCGAGGUUGAGUUGCCCUCACAGGCUGCUGCUGGAGCCGGCCUGAAGGGCCACCUGCCCAAGGUGCAGAUGCCCAGCUUCAAGAUGCCCAAGGUUGACCUGAAGGGGCCCCAAGUGGACCUGAAGGGCCCCAAACUGGACUUGAAGGGCCCCAAGGGCGAGGUGAGGGCCCCGGACGUGGAUGUGUCCCUGCCCGGUGUGGAGGUGGACAUCCAGGUGUCUGGCGCCAAGCUUGAGGGGGACUUGGCCCUGACCGACAAGGACAUGGCGGCCAAAGACAGCAAGUUCAAGAUGCCCAAGUUCAAGAUGCCCUCCUUCGGCGUGUCUGCGCCUGGCAAGCCCAGCAUGGAGGACUCUAUUGAAGCAGGUGAGCACAAGGUGGAAAUGGAGGUGUCUCUGCCCUCCGUGCAGGGUGACCUGAAGACCACUGACCUGAGUAUUCAGCUGCCGUCCACCGACCUGGAGGUCAAGGCCAGCCAGGUGGGCGUGAAGGUGCCUGAGGGACAGCUGCCCGAGGUUGAGCUGCCCGCACAGGCUGCUGCUGGAGCCGGCCUGAAGGGCUACCUGGCCAAGGUGCCGAUGCCCAGCCUCAAGAUGCCCAAGGUGGACCUGAAGGGGCCCCAAGUGGACCUGAAGGUCCCCAAAGUGGACGUGAAGGGCCCCAAGGGCGAGGUGAGCGCCCUGGACGUGGACGUGUCCCUGCCCGGUGUGGAGGUGGACAUCCAGGCGCCUGGUGCCAAGCUGGAGGGGGACUUAGCCCUGGCCAACAAGGACGUGACCACCAAAGACAGCAAGUUCAAGAUGCCCAAGUUCAAGAUGCCCUCCUUUGGCGUGUCCAAACCUAGCAAGCCCAGCGAGGAGGCCUCUUUGGAGGUGGGUGCACCAAUGGUGGAGGCGGAGGUAGCCUUGCCUUCCGUGCAGGGCGACCUGAAGACCCCUGACCUGAGCAUUCAGCUGCCUUCUGCCGACCUGGAGUUCAAGGCCGGCCAGGUGGGCAUCAAACUGCCCGAGGGAAAUAUGCCCGAGGUUGAGUUGCCCUCACAGGCUGCUGCUGGAACCGGCCUGAAGGGCCACGUGCCCAAGGUGCCGUUGCCCAGCCUCAAGAUGCCCAAGGUGGACCUGAAGGGGCUCCACGUGGACCUGAAGGUACCCAACGUGGACGUGAAGGGCCCCAAGGGCGAGGUGAGCGCCCCGGUCGUGGACGUGUGCCUACCCAGUGUGGAGGUGGACAUCCAGGCGCCCGGCGUCCCCAAAGUGGACGUGAAGGGCCCCAAGGGCGAGGUGAGCGCCCUGGACGUGGAUGUGUCCCUGCCUGGUGUGGAGGUGGACAUCCAGGCGUCCGGCGCCAAGCUGGAUGGGGACCUGGCCUUGGCCGACAUGGACGUGGCCGCCAAAGACAGCACAUUCAAGAUGCCCAAGUUCAAGAUGCCCUCCUUCGGCAUGUCCACACCUGGCAAGCCCAGCGUGGAGGCCUCUCUGGUGGUGGAUGUGCCCAAGGUGGAGGCGGAGGUGGCCCUGACCUCCGUGCAGGGCGACCUGAAGAUCCCUGACCUUAGCAUUCAGCUGCCUUCUGCCGACCUGGAGCUCAAGGCUGGCCAGGUGGGCAUGAAACUCCCGGAGGGAAAUAUUCCCGAGGUUGAGUUGCCCUCACAGGCUGCUGCUGCAACCGGCCUGAAGGGCCACCUGCCCAAGGUGCAGAUGCCCAGCCUCAAGAUGCCCAAGGUUGACCUGAAGGGGCCCCAAGUGGAUGUGAAGGGCCCCAAACUGGACUUGAAGGGCCCCAAGGGCGAGGUGAGGCCCCAGGACGUGGAUGUGUACCUGCCCGGUGUGGAGGUGGACAUCCGGGCACCCGACGCCAAGCUGGAGGGGGACCUGGCCCUGGCCGACAAGGACAUGUCCGCCAAAGAGAGCAAGUUCAAGAUGUCCAAGUUCAAGAUGCCCUCCUUCGGCGUGUCUGUGCCUGGCAAGCCCAGCAUGGAGUACUCUAUUGAAGCAGGUGCGCCCAAGGUGGACGCAGAGGAGUCUCUGCCCUCCGUGCACGGCGACCUGAAGAUCCCUGACCUGAGUAUUCAGCUGCCAUCCGCCGACCUGGAGCUCAAGGCCGGCCAGGUGGGCGUGAAGGUGCCUGAGGGACAGCUGCCCGAGGACAUGGCCGCCAAAGACAGCAAGUUCAAGAUGCCCAAGUUCAAGAUGCCCUCCUUCGGCGUGUCUGCACCUGGCAAGCCCAGCAUGGAGGACUCUAUUGAAGCAGGUGCGUCCAAGGUGGAGGCAGAGGAGUCUCUGCCCUCCGUGCAGGGCGACCUGAAGAUCCCUGACCUGAGCAUUCAGCUGCCGUCCGCCGACCUGGAGCUCAGGGCCAGCCAGGUGGGCAUGAGGGUGCCGGAGGGACAGCUGCCCGAGGUUGAGCUGCCUGCACAGGCUGCUGCUGGAGCCGGCCUGAAGGGCCACCUGCCCAAGGUGCCGAUGCCCAGCCUCAAGAUGCCCAAGGUGGACCUGAAGGGGCCCCAAGUGGACCUGAAGGUCCCCAAAGUGGACGUGAAGGGCCCCAAGGGCGAGGUGAGCGCCCCGGACGUGGACGUGUCCUUCCCCGGCGUGGAGGUGGACAUCCAGGUGUCUGGCGCCAAGCUGGAGGGGGACUUGGCCCUGGCCAACAGGGACGUGGCCACCAAAGACAGCAAGUUCAAGAUGCCCAAGUUCAAGAUGCCCUCCUUCGGCGUGUCCAAACCUACUGCUGCUGGAGCUGGCCUGAAGGGCCACCUGCCCAAGGUGCCGAUGCCCAGCCUCAAGAUGCCCAAGAUGGACCUGAAGGGGCCCCAAGUGGAACUGAAGGUCCCCAAAGUGGACGUGAAGGGUCCCAAGGGCGAGGUGAGCUCCCUGGACGUGGACGUGUCCCUGCCCGGUUUGGAGGUGGACAUCCAGGCGUCCGGCGCCAAGCUGGAUGGGGACCUGGCCUUGGCCGACAAGGACGUGGCCGCCAAAGACAGCACAUUCAAGAUGCCCAAGUUCAAGAUGCCCUCCUUCGGCGUGUCCACACCUGGCAAGCCCAGCGUGGAGGCCUCUCUGGAGGUGGAUGUGCCCAAGGUGGAGGCGGAGGUGGCCCUGCCCUCCGUGCAGGGCGACCUGAAGACCCCUGACCUUAGCAUUCAGCUGCCUUCUGCCGACCUGGAGCUCAAGGCUGGCCAGGUGGGCAUGAAGCUCCCGGAGGGACAGCUGCCGGAGGUAGAGCUUCCCGCACAGGCUGUUGCUGGAGGCAGCCUGAAGGGCCACCUGCCCAAGGUGCAGAUGCCCAGCCUCAAGAUGCCCAAAGUGGACCUGAAGGGCUCCAAACUGGACGUGAAGGGCCCCAAGGGCGAGGUGAGUGCCCCGGACGUGGACGUGUCCUUGCCCGGCGUGGAAGUGGACAUCCAGUCGCCUGACGCCAAUCUGGAGGGGGACCUGGCCCUGGCACACAAGGACGUGGCCGCCAAAGACAGCAAGUUCAAGAUGCCCAAGUUCAAGAUGCCCUCUUUCAGCGUGUCCGUGCCUGGCAAGCCCAGCGUGGAGGCCUCUCUCGAGGUGGGUGCGCUCAAGGUAGAGGAGGAGGUGUCUCUGCCCUCCGUUCAGGUCGACCUGAAGACCCCUGACCUGAGCAUUCAGCUGCCGUCUGCCGAACUGGAGCUCACGGCCGGCCAGGUGGGUGUGAAGGUGCCGGAGGGACAGCUGCCCGAGGUUGAGCUGCCCACACAGGCUGCUGCUGGAGCCGGCCUGAAGGGCCACCUGCCCAAGGUGGACCUGAAGGGGCCUCACGUGGACCUGAAAGGCCCCAAUGUUGACGUCAAGGGCUCCAGUGUUGCCAAAAGUCCCUGUUACCAAGCAGUAUUCUUUCAAUUCUCUGAUGAAGAUACUAACUCAGGGGGCAUUCUUACCAUGUCGCAUGAUGGGUCUUCUGGUGCUGAUCUUUUAAAUUCUUCUGGGACUUCUCAGUCUUUGUUGUCAUAUGUUCGCCCUUCUUUGAGUAUGGUUGACUCUCCAGGUGGAUCUCUUGAUUCUACUCUCCCUACUUUUACUGCUCGCAUAAUGUUUCCUAAAUUCCACAAGCCAAAAUUUUCCUUAUCUCUUCCAUCGUCAGAGCCUGAAUGUGAUCCCUGUGUUUCUGAGGCUGUUGUGCCAUCACGUGGAAUGUCUCAUGCUCUGCCCGCUUCAGCAGGCCCUCAGGUCCUUUCUUCUGAUGCUUCCGUUUGCAGUGUUUCGGAUCCAUCCGGUCAGUCUUUAAUGAGUCAGCCGACUGAAGCAUCCAAUCAAGAAGCAAAGGACAGUGCCUUCACUUUGCCCGGCUUCAAGCUACCCUCAUUUCAUUGGUCUCCAAAGAAGGCCGCAGAGCGUAUGGGUGAUUCUCAGGGACAGGAAGCCUCCAUUUCUAGUCUAGGUUCAUCCUCAAUGGAAGUGGAUUCUGAGAUUCUAAGUAGUGUUUCAGUAACAGAAUCCCCCCAGCAUGCCCUUCUUGACAAGGAAGUGGAGAAGGGAAGAAGCCGGAGGCUGAGCUUUUCCAUGCCGCGACUGGCACUACCCAAGAUAAAGGCUCUUAAGGGCCCAGCUGCUGAGCCGCAGGGAGACCUGUGGCUUUCAGUUGGUGCUACCACAUCUGGAGGUGAUUUGGUAGCUAUAGAAACAGCUGUCAGUGAUGCCCAUGUUGGGGACAGUCUUUCAAAAGAUGUCACCACAGAGCUCCAUGUCAGACCCUCGUCCACUGCAGCAGAGUUGGCUAGGUCCAAAACUGAGCUUCCUCCUCCCAAAGAUGACCUGAGUGUCAGUGAUGAUAGGAAAAGUCUCAUGAUCGUCUCUGCAAGUCAGCCCUUUGGGGAUCUGAUAACGCUCAGAACAGAAGGCCCCCUGAAGUCAUCCAGUAGACAAAGAGAUAACGCCUCUGGCAUGGAGACCCCUGAGAUACAUCCCACAGCAAAAGAGACGUCAACAGACUCGAAUGAGCGCCGGUUCAAAAUGCCCAAGUUCCGAGUUCCUGGUUUCCGACGUUCCUCAUCCAAGGAGCAAGACCAGGCUGGAGAACAGGAAGCCCCUCAAAAGUCACUUACUCCAGUCAUCAGCAUCCCCUUGGAGGCAGAAGAAGCAGCAGCCUGCGUGCUGCUGUCCCAUGUGCCUGAGCCAAAGGUAGAGGCACAUAUCUCCCUGGGGUCCCCAGAGAAAGGGACCAGUGUGAGGCCUCCAGAGAGCCCAACCUAUGCAGAUGUUGUAAAACGUGAUCUCCAUGGAACUGGCUGUAGGACGCAUACCUCCACUGCUGAGCUUUCCCAUACACAUCUGUCCACCCCUAAGUUUGGGGCCCAUCCAUCUAAAGGCUCUGUCUCCCUUGAGGUCCCUGGUGUGAGAGUCUCAGAACCCCAGCUUCCUCUGGAGGGAACAAGCAAGCAGCGGCAUCCUGGGCUGGGAGUAAACGUUCUUGCUGAGACGGAGGCUAGAACAGGAAGCUUGCCUUCCCAGCCACAAGGGCCUCUGAGGCUGAAGGCCUCCAUCACUGAUGUGCCAUCCCAGGUCUCUGUGGUGAGCAGGAGUCAGCUCUGGGAGGAUUCUGUACUGACUGUCACAUUCCCCAAACUGAAGGUACCCAGGUUCUCCUUCCCUGCUCCCAGCUCUGAGGCUGAUGUGUUCUUCCCGGUGGUGAGGGAGAUAGAGGCCAGCAUUGGUAGUCCCAUGCAUCAGGGUACCACUGGGCUCUGGGAAGCCAGCAUUCUAAAGACAGGCACUGAGGACACCAGAAUGCUACCAGCGCUUGAGCAAUCUGUGGAAGCAUCCCCAGUUUCUAAGGUCAGAAUGCACAUUCAGGGUUCUGGAGGUGAAAGUCAAGAAGUCGCUAUGUCCAGCAGGGUGGAAAGAGUGAGUGCUGAUCCCUCAGCACCUGGAGUCUUUUGUACUCAGAUUGUGCGGGAAUCAGAGAUCCCUGCUUCUACAAUCCAGACUCCUUCUUAUGGAUUUUCUUUGCUGAAAGUGAAAAUUCCAGAGCCCCCUGUGCAGGCCUGUGUGUAUACAGUGGCCCCUGACUCCCAGUCGCAGGAGGAUGCGGGUAGAGCUCCCUCGCCAGCCACUGCAGGGGGACACUCAGCCACUGCUGAGGUCCCACCUGACACUGGCGAACCAUUUGAGAUUAUCUCUCCCAGUGCUGGCCUGCCUCCCGGGCCUCGGCUUGCAGACAGCACCUCUGAUGAGGAGCCAGCAGAGAUCCUUGAGCUUCCUGAGGACAGCCAGGAAGUUAAGGCCCCUGAUGUGGAUUCAAAACAGAAACCCGAAGGUAAAAAAUCCAGCCUGUUGUGGUCAUGGCUUCCAAGUAUUGGGUUUUCCUCUGUGGAAGAGAUGGCUGCUGAGUCCAGAGACACUACCCAAAGAUCUCCUGUCCACGUGCAACCUACCGCUCGACUGGACCCUGAAUUGCCCAGAAAACAGGAGAAGGCAGGCUGGUUCCGGUUUCCCAAGUUAGGAUUCUCCUCUUCACCUACCAAGAAGCCCAGGAUCACUGCAGAAGGGGAAGGCCGUACAGGACACAGGCUCCAGGAGGAAACACUCACCUUUUUUGAUGCUCGAGAAAGCUUCUGCCCAGAGGAGGAGGAGGAAGCCAAGUCAGAGGUGACAAGUUCCAGGCCUGGCUCUGAAGCAAUGGUGGCAUCCUCUGCAAGAACAGAACUAGUGCUAUUGGAACAGGCUAGGGACACUGGUGACAAAUCUGUACCCAGGCCUGCAGCCAAAUGAGGUGAGAGGUCUGAGUCAGUGGGUGAGACAAACAACUGGAAACUUAGGGGAUGGGCACUGAAAGUGCCCCAGAUCCCCUAGAACACAUGAUCUUGUGUAGAUCCACAGGCUUGAAACCAAAGCAGAAACGAAUAGCACGCACCUGUCCCACACAGCCCUCCUACAUAGAACCAUAAUACGCCACUUUCUCCCAAGCUUUGGGAGCAGCAGAGGCUGCAAAGUUGUCUAGUUCUGAGAACUCCGUUGGCCUUCGUGGGGUAAGUCCCGAGAGGCUGCCCAAUGCCGUGAGAGCCAUAUUGUCUGUGAGAUGCCCACAUCUGUGUGGGUAGGGGCUGCUUUUGGGGGGGACCUCGGCCUUGCUGCUGCUGUUUCCUGGUAAACUCAUCGGCAGGGUGUGGUGUGUCCUGGGGAAACCCCAGUGCCUUCCUGCUCACGUACUCAAUCCUUCCUUGACUCUUUCGCUAAUGGCAAGCUUUGGGGCAUGGACUGUGAGGGUGUGUAUGCGCUGUAGAAAGGUCUGACCUGUGGCUGGCCUAUGGUGUCUGCACUCAGUGGUAACUGCGGGUUGCCAAGCAGGGUUCAUACAUGGGUUUGCCAUUAGACCUUGGUGUGUGUCUAUUUGUCUACCUGCUUGCCAGUGUGCAACUACUUUCCCAGAUGUGUACAGCUUCCACGCUGUGGCUCCUGAGAACCUUGUGUACAGAUUGCUGCCCAUCCAGACAGCCCCAUUCAGUCACCUUCAAUAAAGGAAGAGAUGCAUUGA